AUGGGUCAAUUCAAGCGAUUUUCCACUGUCUACGCGGAAGGAGGUCGAUGGGUCGAUGCCGCCGCCAUACAAGAAAAAAUUCUCCGCGCCCAGGGCGAUUUACUUGGAAAAGACAGCUUUGAGGCUUUAGAUGCCAUGGCGGUGCUUUCCCGGAGCUACUGGAAUUCAAGUCAAGCAGCAAAAGCUUUAAGGCUUCAAUCUUCAAUUUGGGAUCUCAGCAAGGGGAAAUUGGGCCCCUUUGACCCAAGGACCCUUCAAGCUAUGGACAGUUUGAGUCGUACACUUUGGCUGUGCGGUUCUAUCUCGAAAGCCGACAAACUGGCGCAACAAGCAUAUGAGGGGUUGGCCCAGAUAAUGGGGCCGGAUCAUCCCUACACGCUCAGUGCUAUGCAUAGCUUUGGUCGGACACGUUUGCAUUUGGUGGACCUGAAGAAAGCACAGGAACUACUUUUGCGGGCAUGGGAAGGGAGAGCGAAACUGUUUGGCUCCACUCAUCUGGACACCCUCGAGACAAUGCAAGACCUUGGGAUGACUUGCUUGGCACUCAAAGAGAUUGAGGAGGCCGAAAAGCUAGUAUCAUUUGUUCUUGAUUGUAGGAAACGACUCCUCGGUAAUGAACAUGCUCAUACGCUAUGGUCAAUCAACGAUCUAGCCAAGGUAUAUUGCGCCCAAGGCUACGCGGAGGAUGCAAUAGUGCUAUUGAUUCCGACGCGAGAAAUCGCCACGCGAACCUUGGGGGUAACUCACAUUGGUACAACAAUGACAAUUUUCAACUUGUCACGAGCCUAUCUACUUUCAAACCAGUUUCAAAAAGCGGAAAUGAUUCUGACUGACCUCAUUGAAACGGAGUCCAGAGCUUUAGGUCCAAAGCAUCCAGACGUCUUCUCGGCAAAGAUUGAACUCGCAGAGGUUUUGAUGAAAAUGGGAAAGGUACACAAAUCAGAAGAGCAGUCUCAAGAGGCCAUUGAAGGGUUUUCUGUACUAUUUGGGACUGAAAGUCCUCGCACAAUUCAGGCAAAGGCACGACAGGCUGCAAUAUGCAAAUUGGGCGAGAAAUCUCAUUCUUCUAUAAUUUCCUGA